AUGGCUGAAAUUAGCAACGAUCCCGCCCCUCCAAGCGGCGUUGAUAUCUUGAAACCUUCAGUUGCCCGAAUGUACGAUUAUUAUCUUGGUGGAAAAAACAACUUUGCGUCAGAUAGAGCUGCUGUUCUUGCUGCCAAAGAGGCGAACCCGCAAAUCUUUGAGAUGGCUAUUGAAGGUCGCCAUUUUUUACGCCGGGUUAUUCGAUAUAUGUGCUACCAGGGAAUUGAUCAAUUUAUUGAUAUAGGCUCUGGCCUGCCCAGUGCAGAUAACACGCACCAAAUAGCCCAGAGAGUUAUCCCUAGCGCCCGUGUUGUCUACGUGGAUAUUGACGAAGCUGCUGUUGCCUAUGGCCAGCAAAUACUCAGUGAAAAUCCGUCAACUACAUUUAUACACGGAUCAGUGCUUGAACUAGAUCAUAUUUUGGGUCAUCCAGAAACCAAGAAUCUUAUUGACUUUUCGAAGCCAGUUGGUGUUGUAAUGAUGGGACUGGUACAUUUCUUUUCAAUUGACACCGGCCGCGACAUUUUCUCAACCUUGAGAAAGAAUCUCGCUCCAGGCAGCAUGAUUAGCAUAACUCACGGCGUAACAGAUAACCUAAGCGAAGAGGUAGUGCAGAAGGUUCUCGCUGCAUAUGCAAGAACGCCUACACCAUUGAUUAUGCGACCACUGGCCGACGUUGAACAAAUCAUAGAAGGCUUUGAGGCUGUGGAGCCAGGUGUUACUUUGAUUCAUGAGUGGAAGCCGGAUAUGGCUGAAGAGGGAGAGGCUGAGCCUCCGAAAACAUAUGUUUGGGGAGGAGUUGUGGUGAGGGUAUAG